AUGGCGUCUAACAUGACGAUAUCUAUUGCUGAUCUCGACAAAUUAACUGCAAAGGAUUUUGAAGGUGUGCGGGAGAUUGUCAACUCGAGACAAAAUGAAUACCAUUUAGAUGCCACGGAAUUAGAGGAGAAACUUAAAAUUUUAUCAAAUGCAGAUGCUCCCCGCCGCUCCGCUUCCUCCACAAGCGUGGCCACGACCCCGACCCUAAGCCAUACCCCAAGUCGUAUCCCGACUCCGACCCCAGAGGCAGAAGCUUUCAAAAAACAACAUCUCGCUGACUGUAUACGGGAUUAUAACUAUUUUGUAGAGAACCGGGGACGGCCUGCCUUUCCGCUGGAAUAUGCCACGGCCCCUCCUAAAAACUUCGGAAAAUAUAGAGAUAUGAUCGAUUACUGGUCCCAAGGCUUUUACAACCAAAGAAAUAAUUGGGUUGCGUUCCAAAACUUCCAAUUAAAAAAGCGGCAAUCAAUAGAGAUUUUCACCAAGUACCAGCAGGACGUUCAUGACCACCGCGAGAAGGAAGGGAUUGAGGGCGACAUCCAGCUACAUUUUGAUGAGAAACAACAAUCCAGAGUAGUCCAGUGGAAGGAGUAUCAUUAUUAUCUCCACAGACGUGUUCCCCGGUGGAGGGAGAAGGCUGAAGCCGCGCGCAAAGAGCGAGAGCAGGACAUGUUAGAUUGGGAGUCUGGUAAACGCAACCCUAACAUCCCGGAGAAAGCAGAGCUUCCCAAAGUUGAGCAGGAAUGUGCAGAAUCCGCCAGUAAAAAUGUGGACGAUGAAUCCCGUCUAGUGGAAAAAGAGGACGUGGCCACAGAGCCUACAACACCGCCGCCAGCGCAUGCCGAAUCAGCACCUCCACCCGCGGAAACCCAUCCAAGGAGCUGUCGCCAAUCGGUCAGCGGAAUGGAAGACCCCAAAGACUCUGUAGACGUUAUUGAUACACCGGAAGUUUUACACAAGCAGCCAAAACUAUCAGUUUCCGCUGGACAACUUACUCAUACAGAUUCGGAGAUGGCUUCUUUGACAAAGCCGGAUCAAAGCAGCACAAGUGCAGGACAAGCUACUGGAGAAGCUAGUACAACUGGCUUGCAACCAAAGAGGUCUUCUCGUCUGACAAAACUGGACAAAAGCAGUGCAAGCACAGAGCAAGCCACUGGAGAAGCUAGUACAUCUGGCUUACCACAAAAGAGGUCUUCUCAUGCAGCAAAACUGGAUCAAAGCAGUGCAAGCACGGGGCAAGUCACUGGGGAAGCUAAUACAUCUAAUUUACAACGAAAGAGGUCUUGUCGUGUAGCAAAACCUUCCACAACGGCUACAGCUGAGUCUGUUCCAUUGCGCCGGAGCCAGCGAAUCAUUGACAUGGAAUUAAGAAAAGCUCAACGAGCGGAAGAGGAAGCGGCAGAGGCUAAAGAGAUAGCAUCAAAAGCAUGA